AUGAGAUUUUUGUAUAAAAGAUAUCCGAAAGCCGAGUUUAGGCAUCAGUCAUCUGGUGGCUUGCAAGGAACAUUCAACCAACUUGAGAACUUCCUUCUCCGAGACAAUAAAACCGGUCGAUUUUCCUCUAGUGCAAUGGCUUCAUUCAAAGUACUCGGCAGCCUCAUAGUUGUUCUGCUGGUCGUUCUGGCACUGAGCGGCCACGCUGAGGCCGGCUACCGGAAACCACCGUUCAACGGUAGCAUCUUUGGCAAACGCAGCGGAAACUCGGUUGACUACGAAGGAAACGCCAAGGUUCUCUCGACCAUGUGCGAAAUUGCGGCGGAAGCGUGCCAAAGUUGGUUCACCGGACAAGAACAGAAGUAACUUCCGCGCUGGAGUGUGUCCUCCGUAGACUAACCAAAGACCAAACCCGGGUGUGUGCUUGAGAAAUGUUGUCUGUCGCUAAACUCUGUGGACUUUUGAGGCAUCGUGCAAUAGAUUAACGAUAUGUUUACAUCUAACGUUCUAUUCCGGAAUAAAAUGUUUUGUGAUCAGUACGAUCAGUAAAAGUCAAACACGAAUCAGU